AUGCUCACACGACCGGGUCUAUCACAACAGAACCUGCAUCAUGCCCGCCGACUACAAUCAUUAGUGUCGCCGCAGACAUUAUCAAGAUGCUGCGCCGGGCAUCAGCGGUCCCUGGCGUUGAGCCGGAGGCUCCUCACAACAAAGCAGGACCUGCGGCCCUGGAAGAGGAAAGAUUUUGCCAGUCGAGUAAUUUACCGGUCUGGACGGAAUUUGGCUACCGCGCUCGACGACUACAAGUCUAUCGAUGACAUACCAUUCGAUAACCUCAACACUUCCGUGUACUCCCCAUACCCUAACGGCCCGAAACUUUACGAAUUGAAGCCCUUCGACAUCUCGUCUCCUCUUGUAUUGAAGGAUCCACCCCCACAGCCACCUCGACAACGCAUAAAUAAUUAUGGAGUGCCCGGCGAUAUUGAGGAGAUGAUCCCGUACUUUGACGCCUGUAUCCAAGUCGGGAAGUUGGACCGCGCCUCUAUGGUGCUCAAACGUUUAACGGCAAUGAAGAUCUUGGACGAGAACUAUAUUCUUGCUAUGCAUAAUCGUUAUCUCCAGACUGCCGUUGGCCAAAUCAUGGCUAAUCCGAGUCUGAACAAGGCCGAUGAGCUUCAUAAGUGGUACGAGCUUCAUAUCCGAAGCCAGGACUUGCCCCAGACCGCCGAGACCGUUGCCUUGAUGCUCAAGGCGUCCCUGGCGACGACGCGAGGAUCCCGUUUAGAGAGACUGGUCGAUCGUUACAUGGGAAUGGCUCCAGGAGACGCAGGCUUGGAGGUACUCUACAUGACGGACAUAUUGACCGAUCAAGACCGCGCCAGAAUUACAGACAUAUGCCCGACCUAUAACCUCUCUGUGGAUGAUCUCACAUUUACGCCUCCUGAACUGGAACCUAUAGAGGGCUUCGAGGCCGAGGCGGAGACCUCUGUGACCAACCUCCGGGAAGUCCCUGAGGUUCUCAGCACACCUCAAAAGGGCAUGGGACUGCGAAUGAUCAAGAAGACCCUCACUCUAUUUUCAGAGAUACCAGACGGACGGGACAUAGCCAGCUUGAGUCCUCAGGAGAGGCGCGAAAUCCAAGCUCGCUUGGAGAGGGAUUCUAUCGAUGCGGCUGUGGAAAGGUGGCGAGAAGAAAACGAGGCUCUUCUCAAAAUGGGUCUCAACACGUCUGUGAAUACGGCAUCUCUCAAUUCUCGACUUUACGACUGGCACGUUGCACUAGAGGCUCGCCUUGCACAGGAGCUUGAAAGAAUUGAAGCAGCCGAAGCCUCUCCGCAAAAGAGCAAGGAAGACUUGGAUCGGUGUGUCUACGGGCCUUUCCUUCGUCAAUCAACACCCAGCCGGCUUGCUGCGGUGACGAUUCUGAGCGCCCUUAGUUCCCUUGCCAUGCAUGGAGCUGAUAAGGGUGUGCCUCUUGGAAUUGUCAUUACUCAGCUCUCGAAGGUCACAGAGGAGGACAUCCGGGCACAGCAGCGGGAGAAAAAGCCGAACACGAAGUCGUCCCAAGUAGCAACUAUGCGCGCCCUCAGGAGAGCUAAGGAUCACAAGCCCCUGGCCGCGGGUUCUGAAGCCACCGCAUCUCCAACCGAGGACCGGCCGUCAAGCACUGUUGACCCUACAGAAUUCCUAGAUACAUCCUGGCCACUUACUGUCAAGAGUAAGCUGGGAGCUGCGUUGCUCAUGGCUCUACUCGAGACUGCCAAGAUCAAUGUUGUACGAGAACAUCCGGAGACCAAACAACUCAUCACUCAGUACCAACCUGCUUUCUAUCACGCCAACCAGUACAAACGGGGAAAGAAGAUAGGCAUGAUUAUGCCCAAUCAGACCCUUGUGGAUGUGAUGAAGCGAGAGCCCAGAGGCGAAUUUCUUGCGCGGCACUUGCCAAUGGUCGCAGAGCCAGAGCCAUGGAGUGCUUUUGACAAAGGCGGCUUUCUAGAUUAUCCAUCGCCCCUGGUCCGAAUCAAACAGGGCGAAAGGGAUCAAAAAGUCUAUACCGAGGCAGCUAUAUCGCGAGGUGACAUGGACCAGGUUUUGAAGGGGCUGGACAUCUUGGGUAAAACUGCUUGGAGGAUCAAUCGACCGGUGUUCGAUGUCAUGCUUGAGGCUUGGAACACUGGCGAACAAAUUGCCAACAUCCCGCCACUGUACCCGAAUAUCCCCACACCAGAAGAGCCUCAAUCAGCCGACGACCCUAUGCAACGACGUAUCUGGAUCAAAGAGGUUAAAGCGGCAGAGAACAAGAAGUCUGGACUGCAUUCCAACCGAUGCUCAAUGAACUUUCAGAUGGAGAUUGCGAGGGCUUUUCGGGAUCAAACUUUCUAUUUUCCGCACAACAUUGAUUUCCGAGGACGAGCCUAUCCGAUUCCAACCUACUUAAAUCACAUGGGCGCCGAUCAUGUCCGAGGAUUGAUGUGUUUUGCCCAAGGCCGAGAGCUUGGUGAGCGUGGGCUUAAAUGGCUCAAAGUUCACCUUGCGAACGUUUUCGGCUAUGACAAGGCCAGUCUUUCUGACAGAGAAGCAUUUGCCGUGAACCACAUUGCGGAUAUCACCGACUCGGUUGAGAAGCCAUUGACUGGCAACCGAUGGUGGCUGAAGGCGGAGGAUCCCUGGCAGUGUCUCGCAACCUGCUUCGAACUCAAGGCCGCUUUGGACUGUCCCGAUCCGACCAAGUAUGUGUCGCACUUGCCUGUUCACCAGGACGGAACAUGCAACGGCCUUCAGCACUAUGCUGCACUUGGGGGAGACUCUUGGGGCGCUCGUCAGGUCAAUCUGGAGCCUGGUGAUAAACCUGCAGAUGUUUACUCCGCUGUGGCUGAUCUAGUCAAGGAAAGCAUUGCCAAGGAUCUGGAGGCCAACCACCUCUUUGCGAAGGCUGUAGACGGAAAGAUUACACGUAAGGUUGUGAAGCAGACAGUCAUGACGAACGUGUAUGGCGUGACAUUUUCUGGCGCCAAGAAGCAAGUUUUGAAACAGUUGGAUGCUCUCUAUCCCAACCUGCAUGCGGAGUCCGGUGUUGACCCCCUUCUCCUAUCCUCGUACAUUGCAACGAAGAUCUUCAAAGCUUUAUCGACCAUGUUCCGAGGUGCUCACGACAUUCAGUACUGGCUUGGGGAGAUUGGAGGUCGUGUUUGCACAGCCCUGACCCCUGAUCAGCUGGAUCUCAUAGCAGAAGGCACUUCAGAGCCCAAGAAAAAGGUCCAGAGGGGGAAGAAGCCGGUCACAUCUACAGAUGAGCUCCUCAGCAAGUUCCGGUCGACCAUUGUCUGGACGACUCCAUUGAGAAUGCCUGUGGUCCAACCCUAUCGCAAGAGUGGUAGCCGAGUUAUUUCGACGUGCCUUCAGGAUCUCGUCCUUGCGCAGCCAGAAAGAUCCGAUCCAGUCCAUCGCAAAAAACAGUUACAGGCAUUCCCACCAAACUUUAUCCACUCCCUAGAUGCUAGCCACAUGCUUCUCUCCGCUUUAGAAUGCGAUGAGCUGGGGCUUUGCUUUGCUGCUGUUCACGAUUCGUUCUGGACUCAUGCAGCCGAUAUCGACGUCAUGAACCGUGUUCUCCGGGAUGCAUUCAUCAGGAUUCACAGCGAGGACGUCAUUGGCCGUUUGGCAGAGGAGUUCAACGCACGAUACAAGGACUCGGUAUAUUUAAGCAAAGUAGACAAGAGUACGCCAGUCGGCAAGGCGAUCUCAGCUUUAAGGAAGAAAGGGAAGAUGUCAUUGAAGCAGGAGCUUCUUCUAGAGAUCAAGCGGCUCAAUCUACUGAAGUCUGCCGAUCCUAAAGAGGUUGAGGAAGGACGGAAGAUAAUCACCCCAGCAAGUAUCUUCGAGGAGAUGUCUGCCGAAGCAGAUAUGAUCUCGCGUGAGGAUAUGGAUGCGGUCGCCCUGGGUCGGAUACCUACCAGGAGCACCGCUGUCUCGUCUGAAAAGAGCGAAUUGGAUGACGAGGAAGAUGCCGACGUUGUGGACGAAGAUGUUGAAGAUGCUGAAGAUGACCCGGCAGAUCUUGCAGAGAGAUUGACGGCAAUGGUUGGCACAAGCCAUUUCACCAACAUGGUUAUUCGGCCAAAGAGGCAGCGAGCAACAGCAAGGGAGAAGCCUAGUCACCAGAUCUGGCUCCCUCUGACGUUUCCUGAUAUCCCACAGAAGGGAGAUUUCGACGUCACACGACUUAAGAGCAGCGAGUAUUUCUUCUCAUGA